AUGCACGCCAUGCAAGUGCAAGCGGGCUCAUGCAGCUCAGAGCUGUCCUGGCCCGGCAGGAUGGAGGAACCCUUCCAAGCCAUGGCAGUGCAGGAGCUGCUGGGUGGUGCAUUCCUUCGUCUGGAUGAUGGUGAUCCCGAGGGUGCUCUGUCCUGCGCACUGCAGGCGCUGUGUUUGAGCGCGGGGCCCACGGCGAUGGCGGCCGCUGCUUGGAGAGCCUCGCAGCGGGAGUCUGCCCUGCAGGUCUGCAGGGAGAUUCUGCAGCGUGGAGGGAUCCUGGUCGACAGGGGUCACGGCCAAAUCCUCAAGAAGACCUUGGAGGAUGGCUCCUCUGUCGUUUGCACCAAGUGCGGGGCACUUGUCGCCAGCUCGAGGGCAGAGGCUCAUCGGUCCUUUUGGUGUCCAAGCCUCCAGAAUGACAAGGACGACGAGGCCGGGGAUCUGCGAGACGAUGGCAUCGACUGUUCAGAUCCGGACUCCAUGCAGCUGGACUAG